CUUUAUUUCAUCCACUUGGUUUCAGUUAGCCUAUUUACUUCACCCUCUGGAGCCCCUGGUGUUCCAAUCAUGUUUCAGGAGUAAUAUCUCCUCCCAAAAAAUAACUUUACUCAGCCAGCAAAAUAUUAAGCAAUACUUUGCUAUAGAAACAAAUAAAGCCAGAUAGUCUUAAUAGCCAGUCUGAACUGGAAUCCAGGGUGUGAGCUUAUGUAAUUCCGGACUUUGUUCUUCUGUGAAAUAUCCUUUGCUGAGCAAUAAAGAGUGUCCAAGAGCACCGAACUGAAUCUCCUCUUUAGAAGGGAUCUGAAUAAGACACCAGUGAGAAGAAAGGAUGGCAAAGGAAAAAAGUGGCUUUGCAGAAUUUGUAGAGAAUUUCUUAGAGGAUGACAAGGAUAACAAUGAUGACCUGCUAUUUUCGUACAGAGGAGUCCUGUAUCCUAGUCGUCUUUGUAAAGUUGAGACUUUUGAAGCUCUUGAAACCAUGGAAGCCAGAAAGGAUGAUGUCUUGAUAGUGGCUUAUCCUAAAUGUGGUACAAAUUGGUCAUUAUAUAUUUUAAAUGAUAUGGUGGCAGAAAUUCACAAGGAUAUUUCACCCCCGAGUAACUUUCAACUGCUUGAGUUUGGACGUCCAGAAAAAAUUAAGGAUAUAAACGAAUGGCUUUCUCCUCGAGUGUUUACAACACAUCUCCAUUAUGAUAACAUCCCCAAAUCAUUUUUUGAAAAGAAGGUAAAGAUACUUGUGAUAUUUCGAAAUCCUAAAGAUACGGCUGUCUCCUAUUAUCAUUUUCAAAACAAAAAUCCUUUGCUCCCCAGUGUCGACUCCUGGGAUGAAUUCUUUCAAAAAUUCAUGAAUGGUGAAGUUGCUUAUCGAUCCUACUUUGAACAUGCUCUUGCUUGGGACAAACACAUGAAUGAUGAAAAUGUCAUGAUCCUCACAUAUGAAGAGCUGAAAGAAAAUCUGUAUGAGGGAAUUAAACAAAUAGCCGAGUUUUAUGCAUUUCCUCUUUCUGAAGAGCAGAUGAAAUCUCUGGCAAGCAAAGCAACCUUUCAAGGAAUGAGUGACAGAUCCUCACAAACCCACGGCGCAAUUGCCCCCAUCAUUUUCAGAAAAGGUGAAGUGGGCGACUGGAAGACACUGUUCACGGAAGCUCAGAGCCAGGAAAUGGACGCAAAAUUUGAAGAGUGUUUAGCAGCAACAAAAUUGGGCAGAAGGCUAAGAUAUGAUAAAUACUGCAAAUUCUGAAGUUAUAGCUUGAAAUAUUUUAAUGAUUUUUUUUCCUGUUGGUCAUGGGAGUCCUGUGUGCCAAGUUUGGUUCAAUUCCAUUGUUGGUGAAGUUCAGAAUGCUUUUUGAUUGUAGGUUAACUAUAAAUUUCAGCAAUUACAACUCCCAAAUGACAAAAUCAAUUUUGAGUGAUUAUUUUACUACAAAGAAAAGCCUCCUGUGUAA